GGAUUUCGCAGAGAGCUAGCAGAGGGUCUUUUUGGAGAUGCUGAAUUUGAAGGAAAAGGUGGCUUCUCAUUGAAAAGGAUCAAAGCAUCUGGUCUGAAGCUGCGAUUCUGCACUAACGAAACCCAAGCGACCCGGGAGAAGUUUGUGAAGAAGCUCCAGGGCAUGGGCUUUGACAUCUCCGUGGCCGAAGUCACUGCGCCAGCCCCAGCAGCGUGCCGCAUUUUAAAGGAGCGCAGCCUGAGGCCACACUUGCUCGUGCACAACGAUCUUGUCCCUGAAUUUGAUGAGAUCGAUAAAGCAAACCCAAACUGCGUGGUUAUCGGAGAUGCAGCAGAAAACUUCACCUAUGCAAACCUUAAUGAAGCCUUCCGAGUUCUGAUUGGAUUGGAGAAGCCUGUUUUGAUCUCCCUUGGAAGAGGACGCUACUAUAAAGAAACCGAUGGUCUGAAACUUGAUGUUGGAGCAUAUAUGAAGGCAUUAGAGUAUGCUUGUGAUGUCCAAGCUGAGGUAGUGGGAAAGCCAGCAAAAAUGUUUUUCGAGUCAGCCUUAGCAGAAAUGGGAGUUCCACCAGAGCAGGCCAUCAUGAUUGGAGAUGAUAUCGUGAAUGAUGUCGGAGGUGCCCAGCGGUGCGGUAUGAGAGCUCUGCAAGUGCGGACGGGGAAGUACAG